AGGAAAAAAACACACACACACACACACACACAAACGUCUGGUUUCAGAGGCCUGUGACUGACAUGGCUAGCGUGUUACAGUAAUGUUGCCAUCGCUGGCUACUGCACAAAGGGUUACAGUAACACUGCCAUCGUUUUGUUUUUAAACACCGCCAAUCAGGGAGAUGUCGGCCGGGAGAUGUGACAGACCCGCCCCGGGCACCAGUGCCGAGGGCGUUGGCGCCCGUCACCGGGGAGAUGCCUCAGUCCUUUCGGAUCUUUUUCAUCAGUUGGUCACUGGCGCGACCUGCAGGUCCGUGGUCCCAGACCCCUCUGAGCCCUUGGUGGUUUGGGCCGUGGAGAGGUACUUGGGAGAGACGGCCGUCAGGGAGAGCAGCGGCCCCGAACCGCAGCCCUCUUACCUUUACGACGUGACUCUGACCGAUGGGGCCUGUCAGGCCAAGGCUCACCUGGCUCCUGACCUGAACUGCUUGGUGUACAGGAACGCCCUGAGAGCCGGCUCCCACAUCCGCAUUACCCGCUGCAGUCUGGUGUACGAAGAGAUGAGGUUGAGCCAUUGCUUCCUGCAGGUCGAGGCACUGGAGUUGGGAGGCGGUGAAGAUUCUCUUUCCGUGUUGAGAAACAUCUCCAACCAGACCAGGGCCUCUCCUUACAAUCUCACUGCAACUCAGAGGGGAAGGGACAUCCUGAACACAUUGCAGUUGGAAACCCCAUUGAAAGGUGGAAGGACUCAUUAUUUACCCCUGUGGAAUAACAAUGACCCCCACGGUGGAAAGUGGAAUGCAAACAGACCUCUUGCCCCAGAUGUUCAAGUUAACGUUUCUGGACUCAUUACCCUACAAGGGUUGAUGAUGACCUGGAGAAAUAACUUGGAUUUCCCGCGUCUUCUGGUACGGAUAAUGCACAAGUCCAGGUUACGAUAUUAUGGAAGAAUCACCACGAAGAUUAAUUGCCCAAUUCAGGCCUAUUUUGAAGUAGCAGACAAGUCCGGUAUGAUGCCUAUGGUCCUGUGGAACUCCCUGUGCCCUGAAUGGUACCAGUCCCUAAACAUUGGCACAGUGCUUCUGCUUCAUCGCUACGCUGUAAAGCCGAGUUACCAGAAGAGGACGUGGGCAACUCCAUUUGACCCACAGAUGAAGAGUUUCAGGACAAUAGAGAUUUCCCUGAACCCUCAGCAUCUCUGCACUGUACUUCAGAUUGUGCCAGCGGAGCAAAUCAAACCAGAGUGGGAAUUGCCUGAAGUCAAAUAUAACUUCAUUUCGAGACUGGAGUUGGAAAAACUCCCCCACGCUUACACAUGUGAUAUCAUCGGGCUUGUCACAUUUGUGGGACGCUGUGAGCGACUUAGGAAAAAAGCCGACAGCGAAGAUUUCUUUCUGUACCGUUGGGUUCACGUGGUGGAUGGCAGCAGUGAUCAACCUUUCAUCCUCGAGCUCUUCUCAACUUCCCAGCCAGAAACCUUCGAACACAUCCAUCCAAUGACCUAUCUGGUGUGCACGCAGAUGAGAGUCGUUCGAGAAAACCUUUCCAGCAGAACCAACAGCCCCUAUCUCACAACCUCCAACGAAAGUCAAAUAUUCAUCACAGGGUGUCACAAAGGCCAGCCAUACACGUGGAACCCACAGGUGAAGCAUUUUAUUCAGUGGAUUAAAGGGCAGCGAGAGAAGGAGAUGCUGAGCAAGUGCAAAGUUGGCGGAUACUUCUCAUUCCCACCAGUCCCUGCUACCUUUUCUGAAUACUGUAAAAACGCUGCAGCUGAGACUUUCCUGACCUCCACAAAUGAGCUGAAGAAAGAGAUCGAGAAACUGCACUAUCGAGAGCACAAACGGAUCUUAAUCCAGGGAGUCAUUGGUGCUGUUCAAUACGUCAGUCACUCAGACUCAACUCAGAGUUUGAGUGCAGAACCAGUGCAGAGAUCGGAAGGCAGGCCUGACCAGGGGGUCAAUCUACUGCCUCCGAAAGACAGAGCUUUGCCAGGAUUAUUGUCCGAGCCUGCUGGACCGAAGGAACAAAUUGUUUGUAGCCAGUCGACAGAGGAACUUGAACCGAGACCAGUGAAGAAGACGACAAAUCCAUCCUGUCCAGUUCUGAGCUCCUAUGUGUUAAGGCGAAGAUACUCUUUGAGGAAUUUGAAAAGGGUUAAUUAUAAUUUACCUGCACGCAGGCAGGUCAGACAGGAGUUACCUGAUCCGAAGAAGCUGGAAUCACAGAAGAAGAAAUCGAAGAAGAACAGGAACCAAAAGAAGACACCGCUGGCGAUCAGGUUAAAGGCAACACGUGAACAUUCGCAAGAGGCUGAAGUUCCAACGGACACCACAAGAUUCAUAGAGCAGUCAGAAGAACUGGUUGCAGACAAUGCAGGGCCAAGUGACAGACAGGAGACGCAGGCGGCUGCUAUUGACCUUUCCAGAGCCACGUGGAAAAGCCCUACGUGGCAAGAGAUCACACAGCACUUGCCCGAGUACUUAAACUUUGGUCAGCUACUUCCCGAGAGCGUUCCACGUAAAUUCGACUACAAAGAUAGAGACUUCCUGAUGCAGCAGUACAAUCUGCAGCCUGAGGUCUAUACGCCAGGCACAACAGAAUGCAACAGAGACAUUCAGAGCUUCAGCCCUGCCUACGACACUGGAUACUACAGUGUGACCAUUGUUGGUGUCAAUCAGCAGUUAGCAGUGGACGUCAUGUUUCUUCCAGCCACGAAGAGCCACGAGGAUCACCGGGUGUCAGGCUUAGCUGUGGAUGUUCAUGAUAACACACUGGCUUCCAUUAUGGCCACCGGUUACAUUUGCCAGCCCGCAGAUGUCAAUGGAGAAAAUCAGACACCUCCAACUCCAGGGGAGAUUGUGAAAUCAGCCAAUGAACUAGACGGGCUGCAUUUUAUAUGUGUCCUAGAUAUGUGUCAUCACAGUGGGAACAGAGUUGAAGUAUGUUUGAACAAAACAUACAGAGUGUCAGAUGGAAAUCAUUGAGGACCGACCACAUUUUAACACAUCACUUCAGUUUCUGAACUUUCUACGUUUAUUUUGAGACUUUUAUGCUUAAUACCCUGUGUGAUAGGGUAAUGGGAAUGAAAAUAUGUGUCUUGUGUAAAACAUCUCCCUAUAUUUUACAAAAAAAAUAUAUAUUUAAUACAAAUUUGUGCCAGCAAAUUUUGUCUGUAAAUUUUUUUUAACGUUUGAAAUAAAGUC